ACAAAAAAAUAAAAAUAGAAAUCCCUUCUUACCCAGUACAGUUGUGAAACUUUUCAACACCUCUCUCUCGUAUUUAUCUUUGCAGCUUGCGCAAGUCGUUGCUUAAUCGAUGUAUUGUUGCAAACAAAUCAUGUGAGCAAUAGCGUUCUCAAAGACAAGACUUUUAGCUAUGGUUGGACACAGUGAAGCAGUACGCACAAUCUCGUCUCAGUUACCCAGGGUGAUAUCGCUUAAUGUUGGUGGAUACCACUUUGUAACUACUCUAUCCACAUUGACCAAGGAUAAGGACUCUAUGUUAGCCGCCAUGUUUAGUGGCCGGCACGAACUGGACACAGAUAGUGAAGGGAGAUAUUUUAUUGAUCGGGAUGGAACGUACUUCAAAGAAAUCCUGAAUUAUCUUCGAGAUGGUACACAGCUACCAUCUGCUGAAAGAGCUCUCGAGGUUUACAGAGAAGCGCAAUUCUACCAAAUAGAAGGCUUGAUCGACACUCUAGAACGUUUCUCAAACGUCUUUGCGCACAAAUUGGAAGAGGCAAGGAAAUAUAAGCUGGGAAGUGAUUUUGAAAAGUGGCAACAACAGAUUAUCACUUGCGCACAAAACAAGAGUCUUCAAAAUCUGACGUCCACAAGCAAAGUGAGCCUGCUGUCGCAAGAGGAUCAUAAAAAGAUUAUGGGAUGCGGAGACUGUGUUGGUCCGCAUGCGCACAACCUGAUCGUUUGCAAACCCGCUAAACGGGGAUCAGUGCAAAUUCACGACACGUUUGAAAAUGUGCAACGUCGCGUGAAAGAAACAGAACCUGUGGUUUGUCCCUUAAAAGAUGCUGAGAUGAAAGCUUUUGUGGAUAUGACCCUGGCUGAUUUGAUAAGCAAGGGAUACGCUGUCAGCCUUCGUGAAAUAACCAUUCAGUGUAAGAACACCAAGGUGUAUUAUGGGAUAGGUAAGGAAGAGUGUCAGUUGAACAUCACGGAGCACGUGAUCGAGUUUGAAUGGUGUACGCGCUAGAAUUCGACUAGCUGUAACUGGUAGUUAUGAUCGAAAAGCGCGGAACAAGCGCCUAUGAACAGGUCUGCAAUGCGUACUUUGGAACCGGCUCUGCGCCAGCUUAAAAUAUAGCUAAUUUCAUAAGUUCAAAUUAUUUUUGCAAAGGAACUUCAUACAAGUCUUAACAUACACAACACUUUCUAUUAAAAACUGGUCAGAGAAAAAAAAUUAUAUGUUAAGAGCUUUGAUAUAUCUUGAAGUAUAUGGUCUGAACAACGUAGCGAAGAGGCCAAUUGUGUUACGUUAUAAACAUUUUAAUUGAAUACGAAGUUGUCUUUCAAAAAUACUUUUGAAAUAAGUUAGGUAUAAACACAGACAAGAUCUUGUGAUAUACCAAGUCGAUUCCGGUGAAUGAAUAAUGAUUCUUAGACAAACUAAAACAAGUAGUUUGAAAAGUCAUAACUUUUCUUAAGCUUUGGAACACACACAUUGCAAAUGGCUACCUAAUCACUCCGUAAGCGCAGCUUUAAGACAAUAGAAAUGUUUUCAAAUGUGAAAUAAUCUGUCCAUACAUAAAUAAUCGAUAUUUAUAUAGGAAAUAAGGGGAUAAGGGUCGAAAUAAGGUCAGUCCAUCUUAGGACUUAGUGAUACCGAUGGUGCUUACAGUGCUAACUAUCAACUUUGUUGCGCGCGCUCCUUACGUCGUUGCAAAAUCAUCCGUAAUUUUUUUCUUACAAAGCUUGUGCCAACGAUUAGUGUCAGAAUUUCCCAAAGUGUAUUGAAAUACUAUUAUUUGUUUUGUUUUGUAUGCUUGAUUAUUUUUCUUAUUGUUUUACGUUUUGCAAGUCUGCCGUGACGGUAUUGUAGGUGAUUAAGAAGAAAUAUAACAAGUGUCCUGAUCGAGGCAUAUGCCCGUGACUAGAAACGAAAAAAUUAACAUUAUCACUAAAUAAUAAAAAUGGUACAAAACACAAAUCUGUCAUUUUCUUUCUAAUCGCCGAAGUGGAG